UUGUUAUUGGAUUUUUUUAUAUUUCAGUGCUUGUGUUCCCCACUGUUGGCGCAGUUCGUAUUACACAGAAGAAGCGGUAUUGUGGCAAGAACGGAACGGUUUCGGAUAGGAAAAACUAGUGGCUAUAAUUAACACCCCCAGGGAAAACGAUGUCUCUGGCCGAAUCUACCCAGCGUUCGUUGGAGGAGGAAUCGUUCAUCAUACUCGGGACCUCACCAACCCCGUCGAUGGUCAACUAUUCCAUCGCCCCGGUCUCCUCGCAGCCAGUGUCGGUGGUUGAACGCGAAAUUGCAGACUCAGCUAAAUCAUUGUCGAGCGUCUCAACUUCAGUCUCCAAGAUGGAAACUUCCACACAACUUGAUUCCACCACUUACAGUCUGCUAACGAACGGAGGGACCGCUAUGCAUGCAUCGAAGAUUGCACCACAAACGACAAAAUCGUUGAAUGAAUCAUCAUCCCCAAAAGCGUCAAUGAUUGCGUCAACAGAAUCAAUGCAGCAAGCACCACGUUCGGUGAAAAGCCUGCAAUCGAUCGAGAACAAGGAAAACGUUCCGCGCGAUGUUCUGUCGGCCAGCUUCACCCAGCCACCGACGGCCUCCUUUAUCCUGGGAGAAACACAAUCGAUUCUGCAACAGUUUCCCAGUCUGGCUCAUUCCUCGGUAUCUUUCGAGGAGGUUCAAUUGCUGCAGAAGCUUAGCAUGGAACAUAGCCAGCUGAAGGAAAGUCUACAGCGGGCUAAUGUGGCGAUGCGUAAGAACUUCACGUCCAUACAGCAGCUGCAGGACGAAACAAAGGCACGCUCUGCCGAACAGGAUGCCCGCAUAGAGGAGCAGAAGCUGAAAAUCGAACAGCUGUCGGCGGAAAACAGCCGGCUCGUGGCGGAAUUGGAAGCAUUCCGAGCGGCUGCCACAGCGAAGGAAAACGAGCUGCAGAGUUCGUAUAAAGAGCUGCAAGCGGAUUUGGAUGAAGUUGGUCGCGUGCGUGAAGUGGAACGCCAAGCGGCCCAGUCCGAAGUGGACGAACUGCGAAAGGAAUCAUCGGAACGGCAAGCCAUCAUUCAGAAUCUGUCAAAACAUAUCGAACGAUUGGAGCUACAAAUCAAAGGCUUUGUGGUGGUGAACAACAACAAACCCGAAAGUGACGAUGGCAAGGCGAGCUACGUUUCGGAGGAGACUCACAAACGCGAGUUGAAGCAGCUCGAGAGGCAUCUGUCGGCAGAGGUGGCCAAGAAUUUAGAGUUUGAAGACAUGCGAAAUGUCUACCUCGAUGAGAUCAACUGUCUCAAGGCAAACGUUAAGGCAGCCGAACAAGUGUAUGCUGCAACACGUGUCGAGACGCAGAAGCUGUUUGACGACAUAAAGUCGCGUGACGAUACCAUUACGGCACUGCGUGGGGAAAUUACUGUACUCCAGGAGCGAGUACAGAUGCUGACGGUGCAGUCCGACAUUUUCCAAAAAGAUUUCGAAGCCGAACGUACUGCUCGCGAAGAACUGGCUGGUGAAAAGAGUCGUAUUUUGGGCGAAUUCGAAGUACUGCAGCGCCGAAACAUGGAGCUGAAUACGCAAAUUUCGCAAACGGAGUCUGAACGUGUAGCAUCUGCACAACGAGCCGCAAUAAUGGUUCAGGAAGCUACAUCGAUCCAGACGACCACUGAAAAUGACACAACCUACGGGCAGGAGGAGGAACAGAAGGAACCGCUCAGCCUGCUUCGCUGUCCCCUGUGCCUUAAAGGGUACAAAGAUUUUAGUACGUUGCAGAGCCAUGCGGCUGAUUGUAUGGGCAUCGAGUAGAAUGUUGAACCACCUUGUAUUACCAUGAACAAUCUAGAGGUUAGUUGCGUACUGUAUUUAGCCAAACCCUAUUUCAAAUAUUAUAAAAAACUUAUCCAUGUUACAAUAAAAGCACGCUGAAGUAUAACCUUGGA